AUGAGUCCGAUGGACGAGUCGACGGCCAAGUUUGACGGAAGAAGACGAUCACACCAUGCGUGCCUCACCUGCAGGCGGAAGAAGACUCGCUGUCCAGGGGAGAAACCCGCAUGCUCUAGCUGCGUCCGCCUGAAGCAGCCAUGCUCUUAUGCCCCGGUGCUCAGGGCGGCACGAAACGGCCGAUCGGAGGAGAGAUUGGCACAUCUGGAAGAGAAACUAGAUCUCUUGUUGAGUGGUGGCUUGCCGAAUCAUGCCGCACGUCAAGAACAGACACUCGAAGACACCGUCGACUACUCGGAGAAGUCGUACUCGGUGACUCCCCCAGCACGCGAACCCAGUUAUCCUACCAGCCAUCCUUCUUCAACCCUCGAAUUCGACACCGACAACGCAAAUCCACGGCCACGCCCAUCCGACAUUGCUAUUGGGCUCGACCUCUACUUCAAGUACUGCCACAAGCAACCCAUCUGGUGCUUUGGGAGAGAAGACAUUGGGGAUCACAGCUCGCUCCCUGAAGAACUCGCUUGCAGUAUCCUGGCUCUGACUUCACGCUUUCCCCCCAAAUGUGACCAGAUGCAGCGUUACGGCAAAAACGCACGGAGUUUGAUCAUGCUUCGUAUCGCCAACGGUACCGUGGACCUUACGACCAUUGAGAACGGAAAUAUGUCCCUCGGCCAAUUUCAUGUCGGUCUUGCUUUUCAACUCUGUCGCUCGGCCACGCUGGACCUCGAGUCUAUAUACACAGUAGAGGACGCGACCACGGAGCGCAAGAAACGGCUGUUCUGGAGUCUCCAGUUACUCGAGCAGUCUUUCGGCCGACAACAUGGCCUUUUGAGCGUUCCCACAGAAACAUGGCGACCAUCCUAUUCUUCAAGUGGCAGAGGUCAGGGGCCAGACAGGGAAGUGGACCAAAAAGCCCCGCCUCUCCCCCGAGAUGACCUGGGAUGUUCGACACCCACUGAGCCGGGCAUCUGGAACACAAGCGUCCAGCUGGGAUGGGUCUGGAGCCGGGUCAGAAAAUACGUGUCCAACUGUGCUCACAACAUCUGGAAAGAACCCUGGCGACACGACUCGAUGUACGCCAUGGUGCUGUCUGAUUUCAUGGAAACCGAGAACAGGAUACCCAUUUGUCACCGCUACGACUCGGUCAAGUUCUACGAGCGCAAAGUGGAAGAGCUGAAAGUCAACCGAGACUAUUGGGCGCCGUGGUUGAGGGAGCAGUUCACCUACCAUGCAAUCCCCACGGUCCUGAAUCACCCGUUCCUGUACAUUAUCGGCGCACAACACAAUCCGAACCUGGCAAUCCCCAAUACAUUUUGGAGGCGAUCUUCCGAACUGGCCCUGUUACACUCGACCUGGAUUGUGCGCAUGAUCGAUAUGGUCCUGGAUAAGCAAAUGCCGCUGGUCGAUCCAUUCUUUGGCCAUGUGGCUGCGAUUGCGGCGACAGUGCACCUCUAUUACUGUUGUGCAGCCGAUUCCAGACUGAAGCACAAAUCAAACACGGACUUUGCAAAGUGCAGGAGGUUUCUGAAGAGCUUUGUGCCCUUUUCACCGGCCUGUAAAGCCUUGGACACUAAUCUGGACAAGAUGACGCGGAUUGCGGCCGGAUCUGAGACCAUGGACGUUGAGGAUUGGAUGCCGUCCAAAAUCUACCUGAGUGUGCCCUUGAUGUGGGAUAUCCUCCAGUUCAACUGUAUGGCAGACUCUCGUGAAACACCGACGGCCGGUUUACUCGACGCGUCGCUCUCGCCGGCCAUGCCACAAAAAUACCCGGAUGAGAGCUCGACCCUGGAGAUCAUUGUCGCCACCUCGCCGGAAAUCAGCGUAAACACGGCCGAUGGAGGACAAGACGCCCCGAUAUUGUCAUACCGAGCCCCUGUUUCUUCCGCACCAGAGUCUACACAGAAGAAUGUCUGCAAUGAGAUAUCCGUUGAGCAGGCCGAUAGCCUCACGUUGAACACUACCCCCUGGCUCUGGGCAGACCCUUCGCAGUUCGUGGGCAUGGGGGAUAUGGGCUACCACGACUCACAGUCCACCAUGGGCGAUGCUCGAGCUGCGGCAUGGUGGGAGGUCGAAAACAUUGGUAACGUCAUGUUCAAUCACUUUUAG